AUGAGUCGUCGGCUCCUGCUCCUGCGACAGGGUCGCAUGGCCAUCGCCGGUCUAUGCACCAUCAUCUUUCUCAUCCUCGUCUUUUGGGGUGUUAUCCACGGCAGUUAUGGAGUAUCCGAAUAUUAUUCUUUUUCCACAACGAGCUACUUCUACCCAGUAUCUGUCGACCCUGCCGGCAAGACGACCGAAGACCUAUGCGCUACCUUUCCCAAGCAUCUCCUCCAGACGAUCCAGCCUGUUCUGAAGAUGGGCCAUGCCGAUACGAAAGACAAACUCGACGCACAGUUCAAUAGCGUUAGUGCUUGUUUUGAUAAGGACGAGUUGCUGGUUUACUCGGAUCUUGACGAGACUGUCCACGGCCACCAAGCGAUCGAUGUCCUCGCCGAUUCACCUUCCAUCUACUACCAUGAUAACCCCGAUUUCGUCAACUACAUAUGGCAGAAGGAGAUGCGAGCCAAUGGAACUCUGGAUGUGGAUAAGGAGGCGACUGCGCGCAUCCAAGGCUGGAGAAUGGACAAGUUCAAGUUCCUUCCUAUGAUUGAGCGAGCCUGGAGAAUGAGACCCAACAAAGAGUUCUACUUUUUCUUCGAGACUGAUACCUACGUCUUUUGGGACAACGCCUUCCGCUUCCUCCAAACCUUCGAUCCCGAUGCGCCUUUAUACAUGGGCUCUCCGUCACCCGGUAGACACGACGUUAAACAAGACAUCAAGACAUGGUUCGCAAACGGCGGGCCGGGCUUUGUGCUCAGUCGCGGUGCGAUGAGGGCACUCCUGGUUCGUAAGACCACAUCGUACGGGCAGUAUGUCGAACCUCCGGCUGCGGAAAAGUGGCUUCCCAUGCUACGGGACGAUUGCUGCGGUGAUAGCGUAACAGGCUGGGCUUUGUGGAACGUCAGUGUGCCGUUGCGGGGGUAUUGGCCGCUGUUCAACCCGCAUCCUUUGCACAGUAUCCCGUUCAGUGACAAGUACUGGUGUCAGCCUGUCAUGACGCUACACAAGACACGACCAGAGGAUAUGACCAAGGUUUGGCGAUGGGAGUUUGCUCAAAGACAGCUGGGUCGCCCGUUGCUUUACUCUGAUGUCUGGAAAUUUCACCACCCAGGCGACCGCGAAGUGGCCGAGAAUUGGGACAACGGAAAAUGGGAUUACUGGGUUGCGCCGCCUGAAGCAAGGGUUGAUUCAUUCGAAGCAUGCGGAAAGUACUGCAAAGAGAGCAGCGACUGUCUUCAAUACAACUGGCGAGGGCGAGACGAGCAAAAAUGCGUUCUCUCACGAUCAUUCCGUGUUGGCGACCCAAGACAACCAGAGAAGAUUGUUGAACCCGAGAUCAAAGACGAGAAGGGCAAUGUCAUUCCACCACCACCUGAUCGCAAAGAUCGAUGGGUGGACUUUAAGUCAGGAUGGUUGACGGACAGGAUUGAACAGUGGAGGAACAACAGGAAUUGCACAGAAGUGCAGUGGGUUGGACCCAGUAUCAAGAGAAUCUUUUGA